CCGCCGCAUCCAAAGGCAGGGAAGGAAGCACCACAACCACCGGCUGCUCUCUCUCUUCACUCUCUUGUUUGUGCUUACUACACGUGAGCCACCUGUUGUCCAUCCCCUUGGCCAACCGCCCCUUUGUCCGCGCCAGGAAGACUCGGCACGGAUCCAAUUGGCAUCCAUCUCCGGACUACGCGAGUUGGUUGUGCGACAGCCAUGGCCGCAGAUGAGGUCAGUGCCAAUGUGGCCAAGCUAUUGGGGCAUGCAGAGGCAUGUAUGGCUGGAAUGAAGCCGGAUGCGGCACUCAAGUUUGUGCUGCGUGCCCGUGACGAGGCGCCCGACUCGGUGGCCGUUUUGGAGCUGCUGGGCGAGGUCAUGCUCGAGGUUGGCGACGCCACAAACGCCAUCGAGGCCUUCAAGCGGGCGAUCGAGGUGGCGCCCGAAGGCGGCUCGCCGGCGCGGUUCAUGUACAUGGGUCAGCUUUCGGCAGGCUCCGAUGCUGUGAGCUACUACUCGCGCGGGGUGGCCAUCAUGCAGCAGGAGCUUGCGGCGGUCGAGGCUGCCGGCAACGAGGUCGAGGCUGGCGAGCUUCGGCGACAGAUCUCCAACGCCUUUGUCUCGAUGGCUGACAUUUACCUCACCGAUGCGUGCGAGGAGGACAACGCCGAGUCCGAGUGCGAGCGCCUGCUGCAGCUUGCAGUCGAGACCGACGAGACCAACUACGAGGCGCUGCAGUCGGUAGCGUCGAUGCGCAUUUCGCAGUGCCGCAACGACGAUGCCGAGGCCGCGCUCGAUGCCUCGGCCAACCUCUGGUCGGCGCUGCCGAUCGACGAGAAGCCGUCGUCCGAGCUGCAGAUCGCUGCCGCACAGCUGUACAUGGAGCUCAAAUCGUACGACAAGGCACUGCAGGUUCUGGCCUCGGCGCUGGAAAUCGACCAGGCUUCGGUCGAGGCCUGGUUCCUUGCCGCCAUCUGCGAGAUGUCUACCGACCAGUGGGACUCGGCCGCCGAGCAUUUGCUCCGCGCCCGCACCAUCGCGUCGGCGCUCAACGUCCGCGACAAGGACUUUGACGAGGCUCUCAACCAGCGGCUUGCCGAGACCCAGGCGGCACUCGAGGCCUCGGGUCUGUCGAUGGAGCCGUUCCUCACCGCCGCCGCCGCCGACGAGGACUCGAUCCACGCCGCGCUCUCGGUUAUCGACACCAGCCGCGACGGCGAUAUGGAUGGCAGCGACAGCGAUGAGUAG